AGGCAAUCCGGGACACGUCAUUGCGCGCAACACCGAGGGGUGCGCGCGCCUCAGAGAUUUAUGAAUGAAAGCACAAAACGUCACGUUAAUCCUUCACGACUGUCGGUUAUACAAACUAGUCGAAUAAACGUCAUAAAGUCAAUGAUGUAGAACCGGCCUGGACUCAGAGAAGCGCGCUGAAACCGUGCGCGUCCCCCCCGCCGCACACAUGGCACGUUCCACUCCGCCGCGAGCUGUUCUUUCAUCCGCCACCGCUCAUUUCUGGACCAGAUGAACGGAUUCGCUCCGAAUUUUCACGCUUUACGACCCACGGAAGAGCCAUGCGCUCGAGACGGCCCGUCUGUGGAGAUUCACGCGCGCUUUCCGUUUAAACCCUUCGCUUCUCAUCGACAUUUGAUCUGUUUGACAGACUUGCGCGGCUCUCCGGGGCUCGAUCCGGUUGUGUGACACCGAGAGCGGACCAAAGUGACGGUGGGUCCAGUCCCAUGUUGCAGCCGAACCAGCACGAACAUGCCCGCUCAAAAGAUCCGGUGAAAUACGGCGAACUGGUGAUUCUCGGGUAUAAUGGCUCUCUGCCGGGCGGAGACCGCGGCCGCAAGAGGAGCCGCUUCGCUCUUUACAGGAGGGCGAAAGCCAACGGCGUCAAGCCCAGCGCGGUGCACAUCCUCAGCAACCCUCACGACAGCAAGGCGGUGAACAGCAGGGGGCAGCACAGCAUCUCCUUCACCCUCUCCAGGAACCAGACCGUGGUGGUGGAAUAUUGCCAUGACAACGACACCGACAUGUUCCAGAUCGGCCGCUCCACGGAGAGCCCCAUAGACUUCGUGGUGACGGACACACCGGGAGGAUCCAAGGAGGGCGAGGACUCGUCUUCGGCGCCCAGCACCAUCUCCCGCUUCGCCUGCAGGGUCGUCUGCGACCGCAACCCUCCGUUCACCGCGCGGAUCUACGCUGCUGGCUUCGACUCCUCCAAAAACAUCUUCCUCGGGUCGUUUUUCAGCUCAUGCACUAGUCGAUAUGCAUCUCUCAUGCAGGAGAAAGCAACUAAAUGGAAGAAUCCGGAUGGUCACAUGGACGGACUCACAACCAAUGGCGUGCUGGUGAUGCAUCCGCUGGGAUUCCCAGAAGAGCCCAAGCAGGGCCUGUGGAGAGAGAUCUCGGUGUGCGGAGACGUCUACGCCCUCAGAGAGACCCGAUCCGGCCCGAUCCGCGGACAGCUGGCGCAGGGCGAGAGCAGCGCGCUGCAGGACUGCUCUCUGGUGGAUCUGUGCGGAGCGACGCUGCUGUGGCGCACCGCUGAAGGUCUGCUGAAAGCGCCCACUCUGCGGCACCUGGACGCCCUCCGCCUGGAGCUGAACGCCGCGCGGCCGCAGUGUCCCGUGGGCCUGAGCACGCUGGCCUUCCCCAGCCUCCCGCGCAGCCACAGCCUGGAGGAGCGGCAGCCCUGGGCCUACCUCGCCUGCGGACACGUCCACGGCCGGCACGACUGGGGCCAGCGGCCCGAGCGCCACCGGGAGCGGGAGGAAGGCGCUUGCGGCGGGACGGGCGGCCGGCGGGAGUGUCCGCUCUGCCGAACGGUCGGGCCGUACGUGCCGCUGUGGCUGGGCUGCGAACCGGCCUUCUACGUGGACGCGGGCGCACCGACUCACGCCUUCGUGCCCUGCGGCCACGUGUGCUCCGAGAAGACGGUCAGGUAUUGGGCCGAGACGCCGCUGCCUCACGGGACACACGCCUUCAGACCCACGUGCCCGUUCUGCUCGGCCCCGCUGUCGGGCACGCCCGGGUACACUCGCCUCAUCUUCCAGGGGCCGAUCGAUUGAUGAGGGGGCCGAACGAGGGGACGAAAGGGGUCGGGAGUCUCACUACAGGUCAAACAUUGGGAAUAAUGUUUUUGAAAGAAGUCUCUUUGUUUAUUUGAUCAAAAAUACAGUAAAAAUUGUGAAAUUUUAUUCCAGUGUAAAUCAGCUGUUUUCUAUGUGAAUAUAUAGUAAAGUGUAAUUUAUUCCUGUGAUCAAAGCUGAAUUUUCAGCAUCAUUACUCCAGUCUUCAGUGUCACAUGAUCCUUCAGAAAUCAUUCUGAUAUGAUGAUUUGAUGAUCAAGAAACAUUUCUGAUUAUUAUCAGUGUUGAAAACAGUCAUAUUUUUAUUUUUCAGGAUUCUUUGAUGAAUAGAAAGUUCAAAAGAACAGCAUUUAUUUGAUAUAGAAUGAUAUAUAACAUUAUAAAUGUCUUUAGUGUCACUUUUGAUCAGAAUUAAACUGCUAAUUUAUUUAUUUUCAAGUCUUAUUUACCCCAAACUUUUAAAUGUAGGUGUCAAUUUCCACAAAAUAUGACUGUUUUCAACAUUGAUAAUAAUCAUAAAUGUUUCUUGAUCAUCAAAUCAUCAUAUCAGAAUGAUUUCUGAAGGAUCAUGUGACACUGAAGACUGGAGUAAUGAUGCUGAAAAUUCAGCUUUGAUCACAGGAAUAAAUUACACUUUACUAUAUAUUCACAUAGAAAACAGCUGAUUUACAUUGGAAUAAUAUUUCACAAUUUUUACUGUAUUUUUGAUCAAAUAAACAAAGAGACUUCUUUCAAAAACAUUAAAAAAACAUUAAUUAUUCCAAAAUUUGACCGGCAGUUUAAAUGUGACAUAUAAAAAUAUUAACACGUGUGCUCAUAGUAGCUCGGCGUCUAUGAAUUAUGCUGCCUUUAAGUCAUAAACACAUGAAUAUCGCCAGUGUCAUAUAUAUAUCUUUAUUUGAGUGUCAACUAUAUGAGUUUGGGGUGACAAUUAAUAAGUUAAAUGUUAACUGCAGUUAGUCACACCUAAAAAUGAUCAUUCUGUCUUCUUUUAUCUGCUGAACACAAAAGAAGAUACUUCAAAGAAUUUUCAGUUUUGGUUCCCAUUGACUUCCAUUGUAUUUUUAUCCAUACAAUGAUUACAGAAUUUUUCCGUUACUAAGUUUUCAGUAUCGUGACUGCAGUUCUGAUGCUUACUUUUCUGGUAACAAGCUAAUUUUGCCAAAAAUUAUCUCUUGAAGGUUUGUAAUGCAGCUCUGAAGCUGCAGAGAUUCCCGACCCGUUUCGCCCCUCGACGGCCGACACUCUCUCCGUACAUAGACCGAACCUCAACAUCUCGCACAACACACACUAGAAAGUACAAACUCCUUUAUUAAAACGCUUGUUUUCAGCAAUAAACACAACUAGAAGAUCAACCAGAGAGAUGCAAGCGGUUCGAGCCGUGUACUUCCCUCAACCAUGGAUGAACCUGGCCUUCACCCGAAGGGCUUUACUGCUCACUAGUAGUUCAGCCCUCCUGAUUUCUGUUUCUUUUCCUUUAUUUUUAGAAUGUUUUAGCAUUUAAUGACAGUUGUAGCUGCAGUAUAUGCCGUAGUCGUUUGAAAUUGUCAAGAUGUCAUAUUUUUCUACAUGACUGUGUUACUAAGCUUGUUUAGUAACUUGUUUUAUAUACAAGUGUUUCACAUAUAGCAGUAUAUAGAUUAUAUAUAUAAAUAUAAAUAUAUAUAUUAUUUUCUGUACAUGAUAUGAUUUGAGUCCAGGAGAGUUUGCUGAAGAAGGAAUGCCUCACUGUGCCGACACGCGUCCCGUAUGAUGAAUGUACGAUUCCGGCGCUUCGUUACCGUCUACGAUCUCCCUGGUGCUAACGACGAUUUCAAACGAUUCUUUCACGCUAAACUUCACUGAUUGUUUCACUUCAGCGCUUUAUGAUAACUUUCAUCAAUACGUCAUGAACAAAUGCUCAGAUAAGAAGCGUUUACUAAUGCUCUGUUGACUAUCAGUAUUACAAUGAAAAGGUGCAUCAUGGAACCAUUGAUGCCUAUAAAGAUCCUUUAUUUUUAAGAGCAGUUACUAUAUAUUUAGGGGCCAAGCACUGAAGGUGUGUAGACGCCUCUUGUAUCCGUUCUUCUUCUUCUUCUUUUUCCGCUCUUGAGUCUAUGGCAGCCCAUAGAACCGCUUGCGGGAGAGUUAUGAAAUUUGGCACACAGAAAGAAGACCGUCUGAACUGUCACCAUACCAAAAUUGGAGACUCUAACUCAAUCCCUUUAGUGCCACCAACUGUCCAAAAUGUCACUUACAUUUGUGCUAAUAACUUUUGGGACGGUAAGGGCUUUUUUCUUCUGAUUCCUUGGCUCAUGACGAUUCGAUUGCACCUUAUUUUCCGUCAUGAAAAUGUCAUCAUCUUCAGACCUUGCCAACAAAACAUUAUGGAAUUCAAGUCGAUUCGUCCAACCGUUCUCGAAUAACGUGCGAUUGAAUUCGACGAAGUGCCCGCCAAAAUAAACGUGAGGCUAUAUCUCCGCAACGCUUUACCGUAUUCUCCCCAAACUUGGUGUGUGUUAUGACAACCAUGACCUGAGGCUACCUGCACCAUUUCAGCGCAGUGCCACCUAGAGGUCAGGAGAUAUGAAAAAUUGUAAUUUUGCUUAUAAUUUCUGAACGUUUUGACCACAAAUCAGACUGCUCUUGAGUCUAUGGCAGCCCAUAGAACCGCUUGCGGGAAAGUUAUGAAAUUUGGGACACUGAUAGAGGACAGUCUAGACUGUCACUGUACCAAAUUUAGAGUCUCUAACUCAGUUCCUCUAGCGCCACCAACUGUCCAAAAUUUCACUUACAUUUGUGCUAAUAACUUGGGACCGUAAGGGCUUUUUUUCAUCCGAUUCCUUGGCUCAUGGCGAUUCGAUUGCACCCUAUGAUAUCACUUUCCGUCAUGAAAAUUUUUCCACCAUUUAGAAUUUUCUGAAAACCCUACUUUUUCGAACUCCUCCUAGAGGGUUUGUCCAAUUUGCAUGAAAUUUGGUAUGUAGUAUCUACUCACACUAGGCUGCUGUUCUGAUUUUCAUGAAAAUUGAACCAGAUCAUCUUCAGACCAUGUCAACAAAAUGUUAUGGAAUUCAAGUCGAUUCAUCAAACCAUUCUCGAAUAAUGCGCGAUCGAAUUUGACAAAGUGCCCGCCAAAAUGAACGUGAGGCUGUAUCUCCGCAACGCUUUAGCAUAUUCUGCCCAAACAUGAGACAACCAUGACCUGAGGCUUCUUGCACCAUUUCAGUGCAGUGGUCUUAAUAGAUUCCUUGGGUCAUGCUGAGAACAUAGAUACCAAUUUGCCAUAGUUGGCUGAACUUCCUGUCCACCAUUUUGAUUUUCUUUAAAAACCUACUUUUUCAAACUCCUCCUAGGCCGCUGCUCUGAUUUUCAUGAAAAUUGAACCAGAUCAUCUUCAGACCAUGUCAACAAAAUGUUAUAGAAUUCAAGUCGAUACCCAAACUUCAACGCAGUGCCACCUAGAGGUCAGGAGAUAUGAAAAAUGGCUAUUUUUGCUUAUAACUUCUGAACGAUUUGACCAAAAAUAGAUUCUCUUUAGAUUCGGUGUAGCAUGUCGAGGCGAACGAUACCCAAUUUUCCCAUAUCGGCCAUUUUGGGCAUAGGCCAUUUGUCAUAAAAUGCUAUAUUUUACAAACACAUUGGCGUAUCGUUACGAAACUCGGUAUGCGUCUUUGGGACCAUCCCCUGACGGUGCUCAAAAUGUUUUGGGGCAAAGUUAUAAUGACAUUUUCAAAAAUGGUAAUAACUUUUCAUUAAAUUAGCCUAUUGUAAUGAUAUAUUUUUUGGGUCAUGCCAAGAACAUAGAUACCAAUUUUGCCAUAGUUGGCUGAACUUCCUGUCCACCAUUUUAAUUUUCUUUAAAAACCUACUUUUUCUAACUCCUUCUAGACCAUUUGUCCGAUUUUCACCAAAUUCGAGUCAGAUCAUCUUCAAACUGUGCCGACAAAAAGUUAUGGAUUUCGUUUCAAUAGACAAAACCGUUUUUGUAUAUUGCAGCAACAAAUUUGAGGCAUGUUGCCAAAAUUACUCUAAAGGCUGCAAUGCUUUGGCAUAUUGACACCAAACUUGGCAUGUGUCAUUGUCACCUUGCUCUGACCACACCACAUCAAUUUAGUCACAGCACCACCUAUUGAUCAAACGAGAUAAACCAUUAAAUCAAAUUACAAAUGACUGUAUUUCAGCCUUUUUGCCUAAAAUCAUCUUAAUAUACCUUUAAUUGCUCAUUGUUGCAGUUGGUCUGACGCACGCAGCCGUGUUGGCAGGACUUAUCCUGCCUUCAUGCUUGGCCCCUUAAUUGCUGCUCGCAGCUAUAUUUACAUUUGCAUUCAUGCAUUUGGCAAACAUGUUUAUCGAUUGCAUUGUAUUCCAGCCAUACAUUUUUUUUAAUUAAUGCAUUUUAUAUGCAUAUAGUUAUUAGAGUGGACGAGAACACCUCAGAACACCUCAGCAACUCGUGACACACUAGAUGCAUGACAUUAUAGUGCAAAAAUGUUAUUGAUGAAAGUUAUUUUUAUAAAGUGUUACAGGUAGUCGUCACACAUAUGCCUGCACACCUCGCACUGUGCAUCUCCAAGCAUUAUAAGCUAAGCACUCGACAAAGCUUCGUAUUGCAGGGUUUAGAGAUCGAACAGCUCUACUUUACCUCACAAGCUAUAGAAGAGACCUCAGUUUACGACCCUAUUUUUACCCUUCGAUAAAACCGUUCGGAUUAUUUUUCACCUACGUCGUGUUCCCUUGAUAUAACGAGAUGGUUUAGCAUGAAUCAGGUUAUGCAUUCUCAAAUUAAUGCAAUAGUUCACCCGACAAUUGUUGUGUGCUCGUUCUGAACCUGUAUGCACUUAGUUUUUCUGUGGAACUAAAAACAUAAAAGGAUACAUUUUGAAGAAAUGCUUCUUCUUGAUGCAGCUCUUUUCCAUGCAAAGGACAAUUUUUUAAAAUAAAAAUCCAUAUGCACAAUAUUUCAAGUUAUAUAUGAUGCUUUAUGUGAGAAACAGUCGCUAUGCACUGAUUCAUGUUCAUAUUAAAAAUGCUGCAUUGGUGCAUCGCGCCACGUUUGACAUCAUCAACACUAAAAUGCUGCUGAUUCUCAGUGUCGUCGCGCAGAAAAGAGCUGCGUGAAUGAGAUGAUUCAUAAUCCAUACGGGUUUGGCUCGACAUCACGUUUUUGUCGCUUUAAUCUGGACGUGUUGCUCGUUCUCUGAGACUGAGAAACAGUCGUUGAAAGUCUGUGUUAGUUAGACAUUAGAAUCUAUGCUGAUCCGCGGCGUCUUGUAGCAGAAAAUCCAACUCUGUGUCCGAGACGGACGGUUUCUACGUCUUCCAAACGACCUCCACUCCCAUUCUCGACCUCAGGUUUACACUAGUCGAAGUUUACAAAUGUUGGUUAGCAGGGUUAGGACUGUCGAACGUGUGCCUGCAUCGGGGUUUUCCGUCUCAGAGGUCAACGGGAAUGGCAUUUCCAGUGCAAAUUCAACUUGUGUUUGUUCAGUUCAGUAUUUGAAAGUCAGUAGCUCUGAGAAACGGCGGACAGGAUCGUCCUGAGGGACUCGUGACUGAUCUGCUGUCAUUCAACAGUUUGAGUGUUGUCUGUUUUGUUGCUUUCGAAUGAGAUGUGAAGAUACUGCACCUUGUGUUUGACUCACUGAAUAAAACCUCUAUCUCAGACACGAAUCCUGACCUUUGACCUUUCCACUGCCACAAUGCACUUAAACCUGUACGAGCGGAUCCAAACUGAUGCUUAAACUCAAGGUGCACUGACAAUCACAAAUCAUCACGUGAAUAAAAGUGAUCUUUUCAAAAUGCA